CACGAACGGACGCCGCAGUUUAACUCGCUAAAACUAUUGUUUACAUUUCACAGUUCAAACUAAACUUUCUAGUUAAAGCCAAAACUUGUUUCUUGUAUUGUGUGUGUUAUCUCUGUAUUAUAAAGUGGUUUGUAAUUAAAUUUUUGAUAAAAAAAUCGUCGAUAAAAAGUGGUCGAUUGUUCUUUCCGAUUCAGUUCUUGGUACCGCGUUAUCGUUGGCAGUAGUAAGUUUUUCGAAUUUGGAAGCUGCGUGCUCGAAGUUGUGUUUUUUUUUUCAUCGAGCGGAGAGUGUAAACAGUCUACAACCAUGGACGUGGAGAACGCAAACUGCAAGGUGAAGGUGUCGCAGUGUGCUGACAUGGAGGUGUUACCUAUCGAGAAGCCGUUGAAAAUUGACGUCGAAAUUACUGGAUUAGAGAAAUUGAUUGAAGAACUACACAGGGUGUUCUCGCAUGACCACGUUAAUGUACAGGAUGUUCAGAAAUUGAUGGCUGGAUAUAAGUCUGAUCCUAAAGAUUGGAGCAAAUUCGCUAAAUUCGACCGUUUUAGAUACACAAGGAACCUGGUGGACGCUGGUAACGGAGCCUUCAACAUCAUGAUCCUGUGCUGGGGACCUGGACAUGCAUCAGCCAUACACGACCACGCAGACUCUCAUUGUUUUAUGAAGCUCCUUAGUGGGAGUUUGGAUGAAGUUAGAUACGAGUGGCCUGAAAACGUUCAGCCGGAAGUUAUGAAGGUUUUAAACAACAAUAAACCACGGAGAAAAUGCUGUUCAGAGAGCCAAGACCUACCUGACAGUGUAUCCGAACUGAAAAUCAAUGACAGCUGUCACAUUGACAGCUGUCAGAACAAAGGUGACAGAUGUCAAGAGGAGGGUGACAGGUGUCAAACGAAGAGUGGAAGCUGUCAAGAAAGGAGGGAGGAUCAUGGUAGUGAUGAUGAUGAAGGGUAUGAUGUUGAGGAUAUGAAGGUCAGAGGAAGGUCAAGAAUGGAGAUUAAUGAUGUUUGUUAUAUUAAUGAUGCCCUAGGUCUCCAUAGAGUUGAGAACCCAUCGCACGUCGAUGGAGCUGUGUCGUUACAUCUGUACUGUCCUCCUUUUGACAGCUGUCGUGUGUUCGACGCCAGGACCGGCAAACCAACUCAAGUUAAAGUCACCUUCUGGUCCAUGUAUGGCAAGAAGAUUAAGAGGGUCAUAGAAGCCAAUGAUGCAGCUGACAGCCAGUGAAAUCAGUUCAAAAGUCAAAAAAAUAAAACAUUCCAGUCAAUUGUCAGUCAAACAAAAAAUAAAAAAUCAU